GUGUAAGAACUAAAUAUUCUGCAUUUCUUCACAGCAAGAUGGAAAACUGCCGUUUGUUCCUGGAGAUGAGGAGAUGGUCCUGGGAGUAUCUAAGCACGGGGUCAAAGUGGCGUCAGUAGACCAGUGUGACGUGCUGCAUCGACACCCUCUCUACCUGAUCGUUCGCAUGCUGUGCUACGACGACGGCCUGGGCGCCGGGAAGAACCUGCUGGCUCUGAAGACCACUGACACGAAGCAGCAGCAGUGCAGCAUCUGGGUGUACCAGUGCAGCAGCUCGGAGCAAGCUCAGAACAUCUGCAAGGUGCUGUCGGCCUCUUUCGACUGCGCCCUGUCGUCAAACAAACCCUGACGCUGCUCUGCUUUUACGCCCAUCAGCCGCCGGCGUAGCAUUAGCUUACCCAGGAUGCACCUGCUUUGUAGCAGAAGGUAUCCAGGGUGCUGCGUCUGGUCACCUUUCAGUGUUUUAAAUAUUUAACCAACCCGUGGUUGACGGAUUUACUGUGAGUGUUUUAUUUACCCCCUCAUUGAAUGUAUUUCUGUUUACUUUUGUAUUUUCAAACUAAACACCAAAAAGCAGAGCAUUUCUAAAAAGUGAUUUAAUAUAAAUUGAAAUGCUAAAUGGUACAAAAUGCUCCAGCCCGUUUGCAGUAGAUGGGAAACAUUAAUCGGCACCAAAACAACAGGGUACAAGUUCAAAGGUUGCUCCUCUCUGAGGAAACGAUCAUCAUGUUGUUUUCCUCAUGACAGUAUUGGUACAGUCAGUUUUUAAAACCUCUGUUUUUAGAUUUUUAGUUUAAUUGGUAAAAACAUUUGGUACCAAAUCCUUGUUUUGAAUUGAUUUAUUACAGUGAUUAUGUCUGCAGAUAUUCUGUUUUAUGUGCAUGUUGCGGGACUUCUGUUUACAGUUGUGGACUUCAUGUUGUACGAUAAGUUUUCUGUUUCACUUUGUUCAAAAUGUGAGGAAAAAAAAAAUAAAUGACUUGAUGUGGUGCUUUUUA